AUGACGUACCUAACAACACGGGGAAUUUUAUUAUUAAAACCAUUAUUGGAGUUAGAUAUACAAAAAUGGUACAGUCCAAUACAAGGACGUGAUUUUUGUUGCUUUCUUCUUAAAAUUAUACCAUUAUGUUAUCCUUACAUAUCAACUACAGAUGCUGAAAAAGUUACAACAUCUGUGUUAGAUGUUGUUGAAUGUAUAUUUUGUUUAAUAAUUCGAAUAUAUUCUGAACCAACUCUAGAAUCGUUUGAUAGUACUACUCAUAUUGAAAUAAUUCAGACAUUAUCAACGAUGUUCGCAAAUGAAACAUCUCUAGCAAUCAAUAAUGAUGAAUUAUCACCAAUUUUACUAUGGCUUUAUCAGAUGAAAAUUCGAGCAUUAUUCUCAAUUAUUCGACAAACAUUUCGAUUAUUUACAUCGGCGUUUAUUUCACAAUUAAAAACAUUUCCGAUUUCAACAAUUAUAAACGAUCUUAACAAACGGUCAACACCGUCAAUUUCAACACCAUCUUAUUCUCUAGUUCGUUUAACAUUUGAUACUCUUCAGGGUUUUCUCAUUUUAAUUGAAAAUAUUCUUACCUAUGUAUUUGAUGAAAAGUUGAAAAAAAUGAAUAAAAAAGAGACAAAAUGUUCUUAUAUACGUGAAAUUUUACCGUUAAUUAGUGAAUUAUUAACAAGUGAUUAUUUUACAUUAUUUCAAACUGUUCAAAGUCAAUGUGAAACUCGAUCUAAACAAAUUAUUGAAUAUUUACAUGAAAUAUUAAAACGAUUAAAAUCGUGUCGAAUAUAUUUAUAUAAUAAACAACGUUGUAUGAAUAGUGACACAAAAUUUAAAACACAUAAACAUUGUAAAUAUAUUCAUUUACAUCAAAGUCAAUUUGAAAUAACCAUACCACAUACGACAAAUGAUGGUAUAUCGACAACAAGACGAAUUUGUGUAAUAUCAACACUCUAUGACAAAUUGUUAAGAUUAGCAAAUAAACAAAUUGAACAACAAACAUCGAUCACAUUUGCACAGGAUUGUUUAAACGUGUUAUCUUCUUGUGGUUCAUGUUCGUGUUAUCCUUUAUCUCAUUAUCGUUCAUUAUUAAUAAAUGUAAAUCAUCUUACAGACCAUUUUAAUAUUCAACGUCAAACAAUAUCAUUGUUACGCAAUGCAUUUUUAUUAAUUCGUUCAUGUGAAGUCAUUUCUCCAACUUCUCAAAGUAAUAAACAACCACCGGACACUACGUAUAUGAAUAGCGCAUUUUGGACUUAUAUCUCAACUCAUUUAUUACAACAAGAAUCAUUAACACAAUUUUCACUGGAAUUUUCUCGUUCAUUAUUAGAUCUAAUUCAAUGUUGUUCAUCAGCGGAAAAGCGAACAAUUUUAUUCGUUUGUAUCUUACCAGCAUUAGAAUAUUAUCGAUUAAUGUAUUCAUCAACAUCUACCAAUGAAAAUACACACCAGAUUGUUCAAAAUAUUCUUCUAACAUUACCCACAUUGAUCGAUUGUGUUUCAGAUUUACCUGAUUCUUUCUAUUCUUUACUUUCAUCUUCAAAUUUUAACUCAAAUGUAUCAACUCCGAUGAGCUGUAGUCCAUCAUCAAUCAACUCAACACCUCCAACAAUUAAUUUUUCAAAUCUACCAUCUUCAACAAUUCGUAAACAAUCAACAAUUUCGAAUAAUUUAUCAUUACUAGAUACUUUAAUAGCAUUAUCAUCAAUGGAUAAUUCAAAUAUAAUGCUUAGCUAUACACUGCCCGUUAUUGGCUAUAUUUUAAAUCUUACACCGGCUGAAACCGAUUAUUUAACACCCUUAAUUGAUCUUAUAUUAAAAUGUACAUUAAGAGUAUGUUGUAAUGAUUUAUUAUCUCAAGAACAAAAUGUAUUUCAAAUUGUUCUCAUUCUUCUCAUUAAAUGUCCACCGUUUCGUCAA